AUGCUGCCGUCGCGCGUGCUGUACGGGGCCGUGGCCAUGUCGGCGGGCGUGUUCGUGUUCUCGUUCCUGCAGGAGCGCGAGGAGCGGGAGGACCAGGAGCUCGAGUCGGCGGAGCGGCCCGUGACGUCCGAGCUCUUCUUCCAGGCCAUGGAGCAGAUGCCGCAGCUGUCGGCCCAGCAGCGGCUCGAGAUGCGGCGCUUCUGGCGCAACCUCACGCGCAAGCAGCAGCAGCGGCGACUCAGCGUCGGCAGCAGCGACAGCCUCGACGCGGACGCGGAGCCGCGCCGCGAGCUCGUGGUCAGGGACGUGCAGCUCUUCGCGCAGGAGUACAAGCGCGUGUUCCCCGACAUUUUCCCGGAGCAGCAGGUGCUGGACGCCGCGGAGCGAGCCGCUGACGCGGCGGAGCAGCUGCCCACCGCCUGGAGCGGCAUCGUGGGCAGUACCAGCACCAUGAUCAAGUCCACGGGCAAGAGACUCAACCACAUCGCCAAGGACACCAAGGACGAGGUGCAGUUCGCCAUGCACCGCACAGUGAGGAAAGUGCUGGAGAGCGCGCUGGAUAUCGUCGCCGCCAGGCUCAAGCAGACGCUGAAGGACCCAGACAUGCCGAGCUAUUUGAAGACGAACAUUGACAUCGGCAUCGAGCAGUUCAUGCCAGAUGUCAAGAUGGAGAUUUUCCGCAAGACGCGCGAGCUGUUUGGCCAGGAUUCGCCUACGAGUGCAUUAGAGAAAGCUGCGAAGGCCGGCGGAAGGAGCAGCGGAGGUGGCAGCGCCCCACCCAGCGGACGAGGAGAUGUCGUCCCAGUGACCAAGAGAAGGUUUGGACCCUUUCGUCGUCUCCGCGGACAUAUUUUGUAUCACUUGUUCCCGUGUGAUAAGACGAUUUGGAAAUCCUUCAAGGAUCCGUGGUGGGUUUUGUAUACGGGCGUGGGUCUUUUGCCGGUGGUGGGGCAGCUGUGGUGGAUCUUCAUGUUUAUCAUCAAGGACAAGACGAACGAGCACCAAUUGUGCCAGUUUAUUGUGAGUUUCAAGGCGGCGCAGUUAAUUACGCUGGGAAUCAUGCACAUGAUGUUUGGGAUCUUCAUGUACACGAAGUGUAUCGUGCAGGGCUCGAUGCUGGCGUGCCAAAAUGGAGGCGGCCCUGCGCUCAGUGACGGUACCGCGUGCUUCUUCGUGCUUCAGAUCGUCCUCGUCUGGGCGGCGUUCUUCCGACUGCCGUACACUGUGCGGCCACAAGAGUUGUAUCGUACGAAGUCUAUGGAGCUGCGAGAACGGCGCGUGUUUCACGAUGCUUUCGGCAACGAAGUGCAUUUAAAUCGUGGUGGCUACCUCAUGAAGUUCUGCGGAUAUGAGACGGUAUCUUUCACCGUGAUCAUGGCUCUCGCGAGUCUUGUACUAUGGCUUCCGUUCGAGUCGUGGCAGCGUCAAGCGUUGUUCUACUGGAUCCGCACUGCGUACGGCUUGUUUUCGUUCCCAUUCCUGGUGUUCAAAAUUCCAGUACUGGCUAAUGUGCUGAUGCACACGCGCCAAAUGGGCUACGACGAGCAAGGCGAUACGGUCAGGUUUGCUGUCAAGAAGCGGCACGAAUGA